GGAAUAUUCCAAUUCCAAAGCUUAGAAGUUUCUUAGCGGGUAAAGAGUUCACAGCUACAAGAAGAAUUAAGAGGUAAAUAAACAGGCAAAAGCAAAUUUAUUUGAAGUAUCCAGCUGAAUACUGAUUGGCAGACGCGUCCGUUUAAAGCAAUAUCAUGGUCUGCGAGAAGUGCGAAAAGAAGCUGUCAAAGGUGAUAGUACCAGACAAAUGGAAAGAGGGUGCAAGCAACACUUCUGAAAGUGGGGGCCGUAAGGUCAACGAGAACAAGCUCUUGUCCAAGAAGCACAGGUGGACACCGUAUGGGACAGCAAAAUGCACCAUAUGCAAGCAGCAAUUGCACCAAGAGGGCAAGUAUUGCCUGUCUUGUGCCUACAAGAAAGGUGUCUGUUCUAUGUGUGGAAAGCAAGUGCUUGAUACCACCUCAUACAAGCAGAGCAAUGUAUAACUACUUUUUUUGACAUGUCUUUAAUCUUCCGUUGGAGGCUGCAGUUUAGGCUGGAGCUUAACUCGAAAUAUAAUGUAACUUUUUGUAUGCCUUUUCAUGAUCCUUGGUCACGUUGAAUUUCUUUGCUCUGGGAACUGGGUUGUGAACUUGGCACAUAAUCUAUUUUAAUGGCAAAUUGCUACAUGUUGGCGUUC